AUGACCGACGUGGCCGAAGACGAGGCUGAAGAGGAGGCGAACAAUCUGAAGCUGAUCAUCGCGACUUCAGACGAGCCUUAUGAUCGUGAGUUGGUGAAUGUCCUUGACCUAGUCCACUUGGGGCUCAAAACCCCCCGAGUGGAGAGAAAAUGGUGGCGCGACAGAGAUGACUUGGGGUUCGGCGCAUAUGGUGUUGUGUAUCGAGAAAGAUGGAAAGAAGAUAAGAGGGUCGACGACAAGGGCACAAGAGUGGUCAAAGUCAUCGACAGAGCAAAGAUCCAGUCGGGGCAGAGAGGUGGCCCCCAAAACGAUGGGCCGAAGUAUCAGGAUACUGGGCUUUUCGUUUAUUUUCAUGGCUGGUACGAAUCUGCAAACCUUGCCAAGGUCACACUGGUCAUGGAGGAUAUUCCACGUGGAAAUCUCGGGAAAUGGGUGGAGAACCACGGUGGGAAGCUCGCAGAAGAUGGUGUUAUCGAGAUUGCUUCCCAAAUGUUGACGGCUCUGAAAUAUAUGCAUGAAGACAAUUUCAUUCACCGCGAUCUGAAGCCUGAGGUGCGUGGACUCGUCUUACCCUGGCAUGACACCUACCACUCUCUCUGUCAAGAUGCUAAGCGUUACCUAGAACAUUUUAAUCCAAAGGGAGGGUCCUCGUUGGUGGAUCAAACUUGCGGAUUUCGGCUUCUCCAAGGGGUAACGGCCCGCACGGUCGUGGAUACAUAUGGAGGAACAAAGGGAUAUAUCGCGCCCGAAAUCAGCCUGAGUAGGUCUGAUGAUGCUGAAUCAUCCGAGUACUCGCACCUCGUAGACAUCUGGUCGGCCGGAUGCGUGAUAUUCAGGCUGUUGAGCGGAGUGGUUCCCGAAGACCACGCAGAGAAGAAAAAGUUCCAAAAACAAAGUGACAUUCCCGACUUUCUGAAAGCGAGUCUUCUUACAGUGCGGCAAGAAGCAGCAGAUGGGCCGAUGAAAAACUGUGGCGAGAAUGACCUGUUCAUCGAGUCAAUCUUGCGAAACUACGGGAGGCCAACCUUUCAGAGCCGCUUUCAGCCUUGA